GCUUCCCAGUUGCCUUCGCCGCCUCUGCCGCCUCCGCGCCGCAGGCCCGGCGCCCUGCCGCUCCAGGCUCUGCCCGGCCCCGCAGCCCCGCGUCCCCGCGUCCCGGCGCCCGGCGUCCCAGGUCCCGCAAGAUGACGCUGAAGGCGAGCGAGGGCGAGAGUGGGGGUGCCAUGCGCACGGCGCUCUCCGACCUCUACCUGGAGCACUUGCUGCAGAAGCGCAGCCGGCCCGAGACUGUGUCACCGCAGCUGAGCGCCGUGACGGAGGACAUGUACAGCAAUGGGCCCGCCGCCCCGGGGAGCCCCUCCCGGGGCCAAGGCCAAGGCCAGGAGGCCCGGAAGGUGCGGCUCAUCCAGUUUGAGAAGGUCACCGCGGAGCCCAUGGGAAUCACGCUGAAGCUGAACGAGAAGCAGUCCUGCACGGUGGCCAGAAUCCUCCACGGCGGCAUGGUUCACAGACAAGGCUCCCUUCACGUCGGAGAUGAGAUCCUCGAAAUCAACGGCACGAACGUGACUCAUCACUCAGUGGAUGAGCUGCAGAAGGCGAUGAAAGAAACCAAAGGAAUGAUCUCAUUAAAAGUAAUUCCCAACCAGCAAAAUCGGCUUCCUGCACUGCAGAUGUUCAUGAGAGCACAGUUUGACUAUGACCCCAGAAAGGACAGCCUGAUCCCCUGCAAGGAGGCGGGGCUGAAAUUCGUCACCGGGGACAUCAUCCAGAUCAUCAACAAGGAUGACAGCAACUGGUGGCAGGGGCGGGUGGAAGGCUCCUCCCAGGAGCCCGCGGGCCUGCUCCCCUCCCCCGAGCUGCAGGAGUGGCGAGUGGCGAGCGGGGCUCGGUCGGCUCCGAGUGAGGCUCCGAGCUGCAGUCCCUUCGGGAAGAAGAAAAAGUACAAAGACAAGUACCUGGCCAAGCACAGCGCAAUUUUUGACCAGCUGGAUGUCGUUUCUUACGAGGAGGUUGUCCGGCUGCCCGCGUUCAAGAGGAAGACUCUGGUGCUUAUAGGAGCCGGCGGCGUGGGCCGCAGCCACGUCAAGAGCGCCCUGCUCAGCCGGAGCCCGGACAAGUUCGCGUACCCCGCCCCGUAUACGACACGGCCGGCCAGGAAGAGUGAAGAGGACGGGAAGGAGUACCACUUCGUCUCCACGGAGGAGAUGACGCGGAGCAUCUCUGCCAACGAGUUCUUGGAGUUCGGCAGCUACCAGGGCAACAUGUUUGGCACCAAAUUUGAAACAGUGCACCAGAUUCACAAGCAGGACAAGAUCGCCAUCCUUGACAUUGAGCCCCAGACCCUGAAGAUUGUCCGGACGGCAGAACUUUCACCCUUCAUUGUGUUCAUCGCACCCACUGACCAGGGAACUCAGACGGAAGCCCUGCAGCAGCUGCAGGAGGACUCCGAGGCCAUCCGCAGCCAGUAUGCUCACUACUUCGACCUCUCACUGGUCAAUAACAGCGUCGAUGAAACCCUUAAGAAACUGCAAGAAGCCUUUGACCGGGCGUGCAGUUCUCCGCAGUGGGUGCCUGUCUCCUGGGUUUACUGAGCUUUC